AUCACUGAUCGUGCCGACAAGUUCCCUAAAUCUUUCUAGAGGAAAAAUUGAAGUUCAAACCUUGGAAAGAGAGGAUCAUUUUAAUGGGAGAAAUGUGUGAAAUGCAUUAUGGGGGUGCGAAUAAAAUGGCCGUGGUACGUUAACCGAGCUUUAUCAAUUAUUCGCGAGUGUGUGCGCAUGCAUGUAUGUACACGUGUUUGGGUCUGUGUGGUGCACGGGGGACAAUUGAAGAGGUGCAGGCUUUCCAAUUAGUAUCUAAUCGGCUUAGACGAAUUGUGGUCGCAAAGUGCAAAGACAUGAGAUUGCCUUACGUUGCGCUGGUGCGCAAAAAAUUUUGCUGAUACUCGGAAGGAGAGGAAUUUUGUCGUAUAUUCGAUUUUGCCUGAAUAAUUAGGAAAAAUUGAUAACAUGAGGUCCUAUGAUGGUGAGAGCAGUUCUGGAGAGGAAGAUGAUAAACGAGAGGUUUUACCGGAAGUACAUUUACAACCAGGACCUUGGCAAAGAUCUCAUCCAACUUGGGCCUGGGAUCAUCGCAGCAGCCAUCAGUUACCGGCCCAUUCAGCCGCGUCUCUGGAGGCGAUGAAUUUUCCUGGACCAGGAAUGUCUCAUCCAGGAGUUUCUGGUCCUCCGGUCGGUUAUUCUUCUUCAGAGCAUCCUCAAAGUAACCCAGGAAGAAGAACUCCUCUAGGAGCUGUUGGUCUCGGAGGUUUCUACUUUCAACAGCAACCGCAACCACAAGCUUCCUCCAGUUCUCUCUCUGAUGAAAAUAAGCCAGAUCACGAAAGACCAGAAGGAUCACGACUGAAUUGCCCUCCAAAAUCAAAAACAUCUCGUCAAGGAAAGAGUGUUAGAUUGAAUAUAAAUGCUAGAGAACGUCGUAGAAUGCAUGAUUUAAAUGAUGCAUUGGAUGAAUUGCGAUCUGUUAUUCCUUAUGCUCAUAGUCCGUCCGUUAGAAAACUUUCAAAAAUAGCUACACUCCUCUUGGCCAAAAAUUACAUCCUCAUGCAAGGAAAUGCACUGGAAGAGCUAAGAAGAGUAAUAGCAGUGCUUCAAUCACCCCACGCACACACCACCGCAUUGCCACCCACACCCGUAUCAUAUGAUCUUCUUCAAGGAUUUCCCGGAAAACUAUUCCAAGGAGUACCAGAAAUGCAAGGGCUUUUUGCCGGAAAUCCUCAAGCAUCCGGAACUGGAAGUAAUCCAACUGAUGGAUCGAUCAAAAAUGGAGAAUCAACAUAAGCAAAAAAAGAAACAAAAAGAAAACGAAAAUCCCUAAUGAAAGAAGUCUCUAUCCAGAGAAAAUAUGAAAUGGCAUAGAAUUCUAUACAUUUAGAAAAAAUGCAAUCAUAAUCUAUCAAAAAGUGGAAUAUAAAAUUGUAUAUGCGCAUUUGAUAGAAAUCCCAUCAAAUUGAAUCGAACGAAUCUCACGAAUUAAAUACUAUCAGCAGAUUUGAUAAAAACACUAUCUAAUUAUAUCAAUUUAGCAAUGCUUUAAAUUUCUAUCAACAGUUUUUCAUUUAAACAAUCAACGAAUCUUAAUGGUGCCAAUCUAGUGUCGAGAAAUCAUACUUUCCUAUCAAAAUGUUCUCAUUGCAUCAGAUUUUAAAUAGCUUUAAAGAAAAUAUCUUGGUGGGAAAGUAUAAUAUUUUUCAAGAAGUAGAAUUCGAUAGAAAUUUCUCAGGUUCUGGAAAAUAGCAUUUGAUGCAAGUCUGCUUUCCAUGAUAAAAUUGUUGAUAGAAAAGGAUAUGACUUUACAACGGAUAGAAUUUGAUAUAAAUUUGAGAGAUUUAGAGACAUAGGAUUAGACACAACUCUGUCGAAGGAUAGGAUUUGAUAGAGUUUCAAUGGGGAAAUGUUGAUUUGUUACGGUUUGAUCAUUCAAAAUAAAAAGAUAAUGAAGAUAAUAAUAAAAUUAAAAGUUUUGAUGGCCACUGAUUUGAUUUUCAUAAAAAGCAACAUAUUAAAGUGGACCGAAAUGUGGAACAUCAUGUAUGAUUGGACUUCCAUAAAAAAAUCAUAUUGAAAUGAUUAGGAAUUUGAAACCCUUAAACGGCCAAAACGCCACUAC